CCCAGAGAGUGAGUCUGUGUUAGACAUACAGUGAGUGUAGAGUCUGUUAGAGUUGUGUCAAAACGUAGACUCUGUUUGUAAUCAACGAUCGGAUCAACUGAUCGCUCGUCCAAAACAAUGCCCCGAAAAGAGGAGCAGAGCGUCGACCAAGACUUGGAUCAAAGCAGUGAUCACACACUGGAUGGACAGCAAGUGAGACAAGAGGAUGAAGAAGUGGAAGAGGAUUGUGAUGACGACAAUCAAGACGACGAGCAACAGGAGGACGAGACCGAAAUGGAGGCCGAAGACGACCAACAGGUCGGUGAGGACGGCAUCAAUGACUCGGAGUUGACGUAUGGCGACGAUAACGACAGCAACACUAUUGAAAUGCAAUCGCAAUCACAUAAGAAGAAUAAGAAACGAAAAGCAAAUGGAGAUAAGAAGAAGGGGAAGAAGAAGAAGAAGAAAAAGAGCAGUUCGGCCGACAGUCCCGACGAAUCAGGGUUUGGACUCAUAGAUGAGCCGUCGGCUGAAUUGGAUGCCGAUUACCAAACGGAGGCCAAAAAGUCACGAAAAGGCAAAUCUGACAGAACACAGAAGAGUGUCGAAGAGAUUUGUAAGGAAUUUGAUUUGGAAGACGUGUUCUAUGAAUAUACAGAAGCGGAUUAUCAGAAUCUGACUAAUUAUAAGCUAUUCUCUCAACACAUAAGACCUCUUAUCGCCAAAACUAACCCAAAGAUAGCGAUGGGGAAAAUGGUUACUCUUAUAUCUGCCAAAUGGCGAGAAUUUAUUGCAAGCAAUCCUCAGAAAGAAUUGGCGCAAAUCAUAGACGAAGAGACGCCUAAAAAGUCGGGCAAACGGCCGAAAAUAAAGUCCGUUCCGUCGAUCAAAAUAAAGAUCGGAGGCCUUAACGCCAGUAAACGUAAGAAACACAACACUUCCGAUGAAGAGGACAGCGCUGACGAACCCAACAAAAGUGAUGUCGAGUUCGAAGCGGCGUUAGAAGAGGCGGACAGAGCGACGCCUCCGCCAAAAAUGGAUAAAAAGAAAAGUAAAAAUUCGAAAAAACUUAAGAAAAAGAAGAAAACAAAAACGACCGCAAGUUUUCCGUCGGGUAACGAAAACUCUGAGAAUGAGAAUGGAUAUGAAACAGACCAUCAGGACUACUGCGAAGUGUGCCAACAGGGAGGAGAGAUCAUACUUUGCGAUACGUGUCCGCGAGCCUAUCAUUUGGUCUGUUUAGAGCCCGAACUCGAAGAAGCGCCUGAAGGCAAGUGGAGUUGUCCUCAUUGUGAAGGGGAAGGAGUUCCCGAUCAAGAGAUAGAAGUGCCGCCCGAGACUAACAAUGAUCAUCACAUGGAGUUCUGCAGAGUUUGCAGAGAUGGUGGCGAACUGUUGUGCUGCGACUCAUGUCCAUUGGCUUAUCACACAUAUUGCUUGAGCCCUCCAUUACGGACAGUACCUGACGGCGAGUGGCAGUGCCCGCGCUGUGCAGCGGAGCCUCUGAAGGGAAAAGUGGCUAAAAUAUUGACCUGGCGUUGGACGGCGAUAGACGACGAGCCAUUUAUCGGCGAGAAGUUGACCAAUGAUGACAUUCCCGCUGCUCAGCCCUCCACCAGUAAGAAACCGCAGCCCAAACCUCAACGAGAAUUCUUUGUGAAAUGGCAUGACAUGAGUUAUUGGCACUGCUCUUGGAUUAGCGAAGUGCAGUUGGAUGUAUACCAUCCCUCUAUGUAUCGCAACUAUUGCCGCAAAACAGAUAUGGAUGAACCGCCGCCUCUGGACGACGGCAGCUGUAAUGAGAUCGUGACGCCCGUGACUCCAGUCGUUCCCCCCAGCGAUGACCCGCCGACCGAAGGAGAGAUUACGGCCGCCACUGGAAUGAAACGCCUGGAGAAGAAGAAGGCCAACAGAAGUGAUGUGAACCUCGAGGAGAAGUAUUAUAGAUAUGGCAUACGUCCGGAAUGGCUGAACGUUCAGAGAGUUAUUAACCACAAGACUUUACGCGACGGAAGGAUAAUGUAUUUAGUGAAGUGGCGAGACUUGCCGUACGACCAGUGCUCGUGGGAGUUCAACGACAACUCACAGCUCGAGCUGGAAAUCACUGAAUUGAAGAAAGCGGUGGACGGCUAUUGGGAUCUGAGGAGUACUAUGGAUACGUCAAUGAAGAAGAAUAGCGGCGGAUCCAAGAAAGGGAAGGGAAAGAAACCUAAGAAUGAAAUGCGAAGCGAAGACUACUUAGAGCGUCGAUCCACUCCUCCGCCCGAUAAGCCUACUGUCGAUCCGAAGAAGAAAUACGAAUACCAACCGCAUUACAUCGACGCCACUGGAAUGGAGUUACAUCCCUACCAACUCGAGGGCUGCAAUUGGCUCCGCUAUUCGUGGUCUCACAGAACAGACACUAUUUUGGCCGAUGAGAUGGGUUUGGGAAAGACUAUACAAACCAUUGUAUUCUUGUACUCAUUGUUCAAAGAGGGUCACUGUAAGGGACCUUUCCUGGUGUCGGCCCCACUCUCUACUAUCAUUAAUUGGGAGCGAGAGUUUGAAGUGUGGGCUCCGGACUUCUAUGUGGUGACAUAUAUUGGCGACAAAGACAGCAGAGCUGUGAUCAGAGAACACGAGUUAAGCUUCGAAGAGGGGGCGGUUCGCGGGGGCGCUAAAGCAUCCCGUAUUAGAAAGGACUGUCCCAUCAAAUUCCAUGUUCUGCUCACAUCAUAUGAGCUGAAUUGUAUCGACGCGGCAACCCUUGGGUCACUCGAGUGGCAGGUGUUGGUCGUGGAUGAGGCCCAUCGCCUGAAAAACAAUCAGUCAAAGUUCUUUCGUAUAUUGAAUUCAUAUAAAAUUAAUUAUAAACUACUUUUGACGGGAACUCCACUUCAAAACAAUUUGGAGGAAUUGUUUCAUUUACUCAACUUUUUGAGUUCUACGAGUUUUCAUGAUAUGCAGGGAUUCCUCAAUGAGUUCGCAGAGAUAGCCAAAGAAGAACAGGUGAAGAAAUUGCACGACUUAUUGGGUCCGCAUCUCCUCCGACGACUCAAAGCCGAUGUUCUCAAAGGUAUUCCAGCGAAGAGUGAAUUCAUCGUAAGAGUCGAUUUGGCGCCGAUGCAGAAGAAGUACUAUAAAUACAUUCUGACGCGAAAUUUUGAAGCUCUUAACACGAAAGGCGGCGGACAUCAGGUCUCGUUAGUGAACAUAAUGAUGGACCUGAAGAAGUGCUGUAAUCAUCCGUAUCUAUUCCCGGCCGCGGCUCAAGAGGCGCCUAAGAUGCCGAAUGGCGCCUAUGAGGGCAAUGGACUGGUCAGGUCUUGUGGCAAACUUAUAUUACUCCAGAAUAUGAUGCGAAAACUGUUCAAUGAGGGCCAUAGGGUUCUCAUAUUCUCGCAAAUGACCCGAAUGUUAGACAUUUUGGAGGAUUUUCUUGAAUUUGAAGGCUAUAAAUACGAGCGAAUUGACGGCGGAAUUACCGGUUCCUUACGCCAGGAAGCGAUCGAUCGUUUCAAUACUCCCGGAGCGCCACAAUUCUGUUUCUUACUGUCGACCCGCGCGGGAGGACUCGGAAUCAAUUUGGCGACGGCUGACACUGUGGUCAUCUACGACUCCGACUGGAAUCCACACAAUGAUAUCCAAGCGUUCAGUAGAGCCCAUCGUAUAGGACAGGCCAACAAAGUUAUGAUUUACCGAUUCGUCACCAGAGCCUCAGUUGAAGAGCGCAUUACACAAGUGGCCAAAAAGAAGAUGAUGUUAACUCAUCUGGUGGUGAGGCCAGGACUGGGCAGUCGUUCGGCCGCAAUGUCUAAGCAAGAGUUGGACGAUAUCUUGCGAUUCGGAACCGAAGAGUUGUUUAAAGAUGAAGAGAAGGUGACGGAAGAGAGUACUAUUCAUUACGACGAUCAGGCAAUUGACGGUCUUCUUGACCGCACUCAAGAGGGCAUUGAGCAGAAGGAGCUCUGGGCUAACGAGUACUUGAGUUCAUUCAAAGUGGCCUCUUAUGUGACCAAAGAUGUGGACGAAGACGAACCCGAGACUGAAGUGUUGAAGCAGGAGGUGGAGAGCGCAGACCCCGCCUAUUGGGAGAAACUGUUGCGCCAUCACUACGAACAACAACAGGAAGACUUGGCCCGAACUCUCGGCAAAGGGAAACGCGUCCGAAAACAAGUCAAUUAUAACGACGCGAUGGGCGGUCAAGAAGAGCACAAUUGGACUGAAAACAUAUCUGACUAUAACUCAGAUUUCUCGAUGCCUUCUGGCAAUGAAGACGAUGACGACGACUUCGAGGACAACAAAGAAGAAAAGGGCGGACGAUCUCGAAGGCGAGAGCGCGGAGAGAAAGACCGACCCCUUCCGCCUCUUCUGGCCCGCGUUGGCGGAAAUAUUGAGGAAUUUAAGAUAUUUUAA